AUGCCGCCCCGAAUAAACAUUCCCCCGGUGACCCGGAUUGUGCUCAUCGUGUUGGGCCUACAGUCGGUGCUGAGUGCAGCGAUCAGAUACCGGCAGUGGACGGCAAACUCGGAGAUUGUCAUCCCCUACCUCAACCUCAUACCACAACUAUCGCUAGUCUACCCGUGGACCUUCCUGACGACAACACUCGUCGAGAGCAACGUCUUUACCUUAUCUAUCGCCUGCGUCACACUCUAUAAUGGCGGCCGUUACCUAGAGCGCGCAUGGUCCUCGCGCGAGUUUGCCAAAUUCUUGCUUGUUACCGCGGUGGUUCCCAACGCGCUAUGCUUUGGCACUUCGAUCUUGUUCUUUGCCCUGACACGCAACGAGCGAUGGACACUCAUGACCAUCGCUGGGACCAUCCCCCUCCAAAUCUCCUUCCUCGUCGCUUUCAGCCAGCUCGUCCCCGCGCACACAGUGACCCUCUUCCGGGGGCUCCUCUCGCUACGCGUUCCUCGCUUCCCGUUGCUCUACAUCGGCCUUGUCACAGCGCUCUGCCUCACACCUAUGCUUACUGCCGCCUCUUUUCUCCUCGCCGUCUACGGCUUCUUCGUCAGCUGGACCUACCUACGUUUCUACAAGGUCGCUUUCCCCGAUCUUGACACUUCGCAACCGAGCUCCCUUCGCGGUGAUGCCAGCGACACCUUCGCUAUAGCCGAGUUCUUCCCGAGUCCCGUCCGCCCCAUCAUUGCGACCAUCUCGGAGCAGGUGUUCAACAUGCUCGUGGCGAUGCGACUAUGUGUACCCUUCAGCCAGGCCGACAUUUCUGCCGCUCGCGGCGACCAUCACCACACCUUCACGAACCGCGGCGCCCCCGGGAGCGCCCGCGCCGAGGCUGAACGGAGGCGAGCGCUCGCGCUCAGGGCACUAGACCAGCGCCUGCACGCCGCGACGGCCACCGCCGCUGCACGCGCGCAGAGCGCCCCGGUCCCCCCUGCUGUUGCGCCGCCUAUUCCUUCGGCCACGGGGCCCACCGUUCAGAGCCAGCCGCAGGCGCCGCCGCCAAAUGCCAUGACGGCGCAAGCGACGGGAGGCAGCGGGAUGCUUGGCGAGACGAAUUACAACCCGGACGCGGACGCGGACAGGAACGAACCGUAA